AUGGCGGGGCUGUGGCUGCUCCGCGGCCCCGGCGUGCGGCUUCCGGGGGCCCGACUGUGGCGGCUGCUGCCUCGCGGGCUCGGGGUCUGGGCCCCGGCCGACGGCAGCGCCGGCGUCUGGCGGAGGCAAGUCUGCGCGUGGCGGGCCUCGGAGCUCGCUGGCCGCGGCCGGGGAAGGCGGCGCGUGAGCACGGCGAUGCCGCCCCCGCCGGGGUCGUCCGGCCCGGAGCCCAAGGGCCGCAGAGACCCCACGCGCCCCUCCAAGCCCGGGCCUGUUUCCUGGAAGUCUUUGGCAUUCACGUUUGCAAUUGGUGGAGCUUUACUGGCCGGAAUGAAGUACUUCAAGAAGGAAAAGACACGGAAGCUGGAGAAGGAGCGGCAGCGAAGCCUGGGAAAGCCUUUGCUCGGGGGCCCAUUUUCCCUCACCACGCACACUGGAGAGCCCAAAACGGACAGAGACUAUGUGGGUCAGUGGGUGUUGAUUUAUUUUGGUUUUACUCAUUGUCCUGAUGUCUGUCCAGAAGAACUAGAGAAAAUGAUUCAAGUCGUGGAUGAAAUAGAUAGUAUUCCAACUCUGCCAAAUUUAACUCCGCUUUUCAUCACUAUUGACCCAGAAAGGGACACAAAGGAAGCCAUCGCAAAUUAUGUGAAAGAAUUUUCUCCUAAACUGAUUGGGCUGACAGGCACCAAAGAGGAGAUUGAUCAAGUGGCCCGAGCAUACAGGGUGUACUACAGCCCUGGCCCCAAGGACGAGGAUGAGGACUACAUAGUGGAUCACACAAUAAUAAUGUACUUGAUUGGACCAGAUGGCCAGUUCCUAGAUUAUUUUGGCCAGAACAAGAAGAAUGCCGAAAUCGCUGGUUGCAUUGCCGCGCACAUGAGAGAGCACAGAAGGAAGAGCUAGCCAGCGUGGAGGCGGCAGCGGCAGGAUUCUCUUGCGGAAGAGGAAAAAGGCUUUAUCUCCCAUAGGAGCCAAAAUAUAUAGAGACACACACAUGUAUAUGCAACCUACAGAAUGGCCUUCAUACCACAAGAGCAUCUUUAUUUUGGGCGGGGCAGGUUACCCUUGGGUUCAGCCAAGAGAGUUCUUGGAACUGUAAAGAUUCCAACGACAUAGUCACCUGGGACCAGAGGACCAAGUUAACGUGAAGCCAGCAGAGUGGACCUCAGGAAAGCAGGGGGCCGGCAGGUGCAUUUCCCCACGUCAGCAGGGCCCUUAGGUCAGCGUUGCUGGUGUCCUGGACCCUCGUUGUCCAGCUUGUGGGGCUGAUUUUCCAGGAAGAGUGUAAUUUCCAUAGUGCCUUCACUUCCCUGCUUCGAGUUCUUGGGGGCUGCUAACAGUCAAAUCAGGCUCUUGGACGUUCAGUUAAUCUUUAGACUUGAAAACGCAUGUGUAUAUGGUCUUCAGUGUUUACAGAUGUCACGGUCAGGUUUUCAUUGUGUUCAUCAGCACCUGCUGAGUAUACUAAUGAAGAGGAAAUUUGGGGAAAAACCAAUAGAUCAGCUUCUGUAGGGAUCUUUUAUAUGAUUUUUCUUUAAAUAUGCCGGGUUUUCGCGACCUACCAAAUGGAUGGAAGGGAAUGUGGAUCAUGACUGUGACACAGGGCACUUCUCUGCCUAGAAGGGUGGCAGUGGGUGUGAAAUAAAGGUGUGUUCAGUUUUGCAA